AUGGAGCCGAACCCAGGUGGUGCCAUUAGGGAGACGGAGAGGGAACUUGACGAGAAACCACGUAACCACGGACAAACCCUUCCCUUUCAUGAUUUGUUCAUAUCACUCUUUAACCCUCUCAACGAUCUCAAAAAGAAGCCUGCAGGACCCCCCGCGGCUCGAAGGAAGGCAGGGCCUACUGGGCGUAACAACCUCUCACCACAUGAGUUGCGUCGUAAUGUGAUUGAACGCUUCAUCUCGCGAUGGCGACAACAAGUCGGUAAUGACUUUUUCCCAGCAUUCCGGCUUAUUGUCCCCGAGAAAGAUCGUGAUCGUGCCAUGUAUGGAUUAAAAGAAAAGGCCAUUGGCAAAUUGCUAGUCAAAGUCAUGAAGAUUGACAAAAAUUCUGAAGAUGGCUACAAUCUUCUAAACUGGAAACUUCCAGGCCAAAGGGCUGCAACCGCAAUGACAGGUGAUUUUGCCGGUCGCUGCUUCGAAGUCAUCUCCAAGAGGCCCUUGAGAACGGAGGUGGGUGAUAUGUCUAUAGCUGAUGUUAACUCCCGGCUUGAUGAUUUGGCUGUCGCUUCUAAGGAGGACGCGCAGCUACCCAUCCUAGAUGAAUUUUAUCGGCGGAUGAACCCGGAAGAGAUGAUGUGGUUGAUCAGAAUUAUUUUACGGCAAAUGAAAGUUGGUGCUACCGAGCGUACAUUCUUCGAAAUAUGGCAUCCAGAUGCGGAAAGUCUUUUCAAUAUUUCUAGUAGUCUUCGCCGAGUAUGCUGGGAGUUAUACCUACCAAGUAUUCGCCUUGAGGCGGAUGAAGCUCGUGUCACUCUAAUGCAAUGCUUCCAGCCGCAGCUGGCUCAAUUUCAAAUGCACUCCUUUCAAAAGAUAAUUGAAAGGAUGAGGUUGGCUGAAGAUGAUCCUGAAUUUUGGAUUGAAGAGAAGCUCGACGGCGAGCGCAUGCAGCUUCAUAUGGAGACGAACAGCUCUAUACCCGGCGGAAAGAGGUUUGAAUUUUGGUCAAGAAAAGCUAAAGAAUACACGUAUCUAUAUGGAAAUGGUUUCUAUGAUGAUAAUGGAUCUCUAACGAGACAUUUGAAAAAUGCUUUUGCUGAUGGAGUUGAAAGUAUUAUCCUUGAUGGAGAGAUGAUUACCUGGGAUCCAGAACAAGACGCCCCCGUACCAUUUGGUACGCUUAAGACGGCGGCCUUAGCAGAGCAACGAAAUCCAUUUUCUGCAAGUGGCCAUCGGCCCCUAUUCAGGAUAUUUGAUAUCGUUUACCUCAAUGGUAAACCCCUAACGAGAUAUACACUUCGGGACAGGCGUCGAGCGCUAGAAGCGAGUGUGAUUCCGGUUCACCGGCGUUUUGAGAUUCACCCCUAUGAAGUUGGCAAAAGUGCGAGUGAUAUUGAACCUCUACUUCGGAAAGUAGUAGCAGAGGCGUCCGAGGGACUUGUCUUGAAGAACCCGAACUCACCAUAUCGCCUCAACGAACGCAAUGAUGACUGGAUGAAGGUGAAGCCAGAUUACAUGACUGAAUUUGGAGAAUCGCUGGAUUGUAUUGUAGUGGGCGGCUAUUAUGGCUCUGGCAAAAGAGGCGGAAAUAUAUCAAGUUACCUCUGCGGCCUGAGGGUUGACGAUACGCAUGCCGAGGACGGGACUAAUCCGAUGAAGUGCUAUUCCUUCUGUAAAGUUGGAGGGGGAUUUACAGCAGCAGAUUAUGCAAACAUUCGUCACCAUACCGAUGGCAAAUGGCAUGACUGGAAUCCAAAAAAGCCGCCUACUGAAUAUAUAGAACUUGCAGGUGGUGAUGCACAACAUGAACGACCUGAUGUCUGGAUCAAACCCGAUGAUUCAGUUGUUGUAUGCGUCAAGGCUGCAGCUGUUACACCUAGUGAUCAAUUUCGACUGGGACUAACAGUUCGAUUCCCUCGGUUUAAACGGCUAAGGAUGGACAAGGACUGGCAGAGUGCGUUGUCCGUCCAGGAAUUUAUAGACCUAAAGGCCGGGGCUGAGCAGGAGAAGAAAGAAAAGGACUUUCAAGUGGAUAACUCCCGCAGGAAGAAGACCAAAAGGAGUAAGAAGAAAGAACUCACUGUUGUCGGCUCCGGCGAGCCAAAUGUUGCCUAUGUUGGGAGCAAAACUCAUAUUUUUGAUGGGCUUUCGUUCUGUGGGUUAAAAAUACAGGCUCUUGAGGUGAAUUAUGCUGAUAUUCCUAUAGUUGUCAUGACCGAGUCCGUGAAGCCAAUGAAGAAAUCCAAAGCUGACCUGGAACAGCUGAUCAAGGCAAACGGAGGAAAGAUAUACCAAACAAAUAACGCAGCAAAGGACACCUAUUGUAUCGCAGACAGAAGAACCGUAAAGGUGGCAUCAUUGCAAAAAUCUGGCCUUGAGAAUGUCAUUCGACCUUGCUGGAUUUCUGACUGUAUCAGCCAAAACGAACACGAUACUGGGGAAAGCAGCAUUUUGCUUCCUCUAGAGCCACGACAUAUGUUCUUCACUAAAGAAGAUCAAAAGGAGGAAAUCAGCAAUAAUGUCGACAAAUAUGACGACAGCUUUGCCAGAGACACCAAUAUAGCGGAACUUACAGAGAUACUACACAAGAUGGAUGUGAUAUCAGAUAUAUCUGGAGAAGAACGACUAGACAUCAUGUCUGAUCUUACUCUAGAUGGAGAUCAAGGGUGGCUUUUCAAAAAUCUGACAAUAUUCUUUGCCCCCUGCGGCCAUCUGUCCAGUGUCCCCGGAGAGCCCUGUGUCGAUGGGUUGUCGAUACGUCAGCAAUUGGCUCGAAACAUCACCACUUUUACGGGAGCCACAGUGACGGACCAGCAGAAGAACAAUCGGAUCACCCACGUUAUUGUUGAUCCCUCGGAGGAUAGGGAUCUGGAGACUGGCAAAACCAAAAACUAUACUACUCUGAGGUCAGAGUUUGCAACCCGCCGCACCAUUCCUCAUUUCGUGACUGUUCAGUGGGUUGAAGAAUGUUGGAAAGAAAAGACACUGGUUGAUGAAGAGCGUACGUAUUCCAUGCUAGCCAUUGCUCUGCCAGGGCUCUGCUAA